ACAAGUAUUAUUUUCCGCAGACAACAUUUAGUGACUAGGCAUUCGUCAGCAAUACAAGAGCGAUGGUUGUUGUAGAUUAUUUGUUUUUAAAAAAGUGAAAAUGACAGAAUCGGACGAAUGGGCUACGGUUGAGACCGUAGUUGACGAGGAAUUGGAUAGUAAUCACCACGAAACUAUCCACAAGCAGGGACCAAGUGGCAUUGAACAGGGUAUUUUAGAGAAAAUUCUUUUCAUCCUCAGUAAUACCAAUCCAUGGCUACUUCUUUUUAUUGUGGUUGGUAUUUAUUACCUUGUGCAGAAGUUUUGGUUUUCUUCUCAAAGGACCAGCUCAGAUGAAUAUUCAACUUUUAGCUCAGAAGAGAUCCUUGCAAGGCAAGAGGCUGUCGAGCUAGCUAGAAGACAAAUGCAAGAACAGUAUGAUAAAAAAGCUAGAGAACACGCCAUAAAGCAAAAGGAGAAAGAGGAACUCUUACGCCAAGAGAAGUUAAAGAACUUGGAGAAAUACGGAACCAAGUUGGGUAGAAGCAGUAAAACACUUGCAGCAGAAACAAGUAAUGAUCAGCUGCAACAGAGUGUAAUCAAAAAGAAAUCUGACAAAUCUAAGUUGAAGCCAGAGUACAAUCCAUUGAUGGGGGAUGGAAGCAGUGGCGUCUGCUACCGUCCGACUAGGCGUGGAGGAGGAGCUGGAGGUGGAUGAGGUUAAAAUUCGGAGUGGAUAUGUGCUGCGGGUGUAGUCCUUCUGCCGCAAUUAUGUGAUCGCUCUCGGGCUCUUUGUCUUCCUGCCAAUGGCGAAAUGAAGUUGUUCAGUAGAGCUUUACCUUGUUGCUCAGAUUAGUGUUAUGCCCGUGUUAACAGCUCCUCUUCAUUGACGUAACUCCCUUCCUUUCGGUGACACGCUGAAAAAGUGUUGCAAUCCUUUUAAAGAUUUUUCACUUGAAUGAUGAAACCUUUGGCGUAAAUGACUUAAUUUGUCAUGGUUGAGGGUUGAUGUAACAGCGUUCUUCGCCGCUUGGCGGGUCCAAUAAAUAAAUUAAACAACAA